AGAGAGCAGGAUAAAAAAGACAACAAUACGUCAUGACGUCAGCGUCAAAGUUGACGCACAACGUCAUGACGCAAUUUAUCCAAAUUUUGCGCGGGUUUGCUGUUGUUAUGGUGAGGCUGUCAUCCAGCGUCUGUCGGCUCACUAAAUACAUAUAAAAAGGUUUACUGGGAGUCUUCACGUCGCUUCACGUCGCUGGGAAAACCGAGAAUAUGUCCAAACGAAAGGCGUUUUUAGAGGCUGCCUGUAAGGAAAAUGUGGAGGACUUCCUUCACUUUAUCCAACUUCAUAAGGACAAAGCGGAGCCUUUCGAUGUGGAGGAGGUGGUGCAGGAGAUGCCCAGAGACCAGAGACAGACUCUGUGGGGAAAACUGUCUUCACUCCUUCAGGACGUCCUGCAGGAGUUACCUCCAGAGCGCUGGGAGGAGGGCAACGAGGAGGGCAUGGAAGUGGAGUCAGCUGCGGAUCCUAAACAUGUCAUGGCUGUUGUGGAUGGGGUGACACUAGUGGCUGCUGUGUCCUUAAAGGUCCUUGAAGACGGUGACACCUACAGCGCCCUUCUGGAAGUUGCCCACAGGCUUCACGAUGUUCUUGUGUCGCUGCCUGUCUCGGAGGUACCUCUGCAUCACCACAUCCACACACUGUGCGAGGCCUGGUGGAAGAAAGGGCUGAAGGAGAAAGAACAGUUUGGUCGCACCGCUUUCCUCAUCUCUCUGCAGAAGAGCUUCAUUUUGAAGAAACCAGGUGUUGAGAUCCAAAGAGUCUGGAGUCUCCAUGAUGUGCUUUUGAGUCUGGACUACACAUCCGAAGACAGCAAGCAGAUAAUCGACUUGUUGCUUCAGUGCUUCCUGUUUCCUAAUUACAUUAGAAGCGAUGACGGAAAGCGAUUCCUGGUGUUUCUUUUCAGCUGGAACGUCGACUUCAUCUGGGUUAUUCACGGCACCAUCAAAAACCAGCUGGAGUUUUAUAACAAGACCAUAACCACUCAAAUUCCGGAGAUCUACUUCCGAGCAUGGAAGAAGGCCAGCGGGGACUUCCUGGAGAAGAUUGAGAGCUCAUGCAUUCAGGAUUUUAUGCAGAAUGCGAUCUUCCUUCCUAGAGCAUCUCCUGUCCAUACCAAAGUCCGACAGAUCGUGAGCUAUUUCCACUCAAGGAAGGGCUGUAACAAGGUGGACAAGAUGCUCUGUAAUCUCUACAAGCCCAUUCUCUGGAAAGCUUUAAGUGUUCCAAACUUUGAGGUGCGUGCAAAUGCCACUUUGCUUUUCACUGAGGCCUUCCCAGUCCACGACCCGGAGCAGAACAACAAGAAUACAGAUGAGGCCAUUCAAAAGCAGCUGGACACCGCGAUGGGCCUUCUUGAUGACCCUCACCCCACUGUGCGCUCCAAUGCGACCCUGGGAGUCUGUAAGAUCCUGGCCAAGUGCUGGGAGCUCCUUCCUCCUACGAUCAUCACAGACUUCCUGAAGAAGCUGAUGGAGCUGGCGGCUGACAUCAGCUCCCCUGAUGUCCGCUGCUCAGUCUUCAAGUGUCUGACUAUUGUCUUGGACAACGGCCUCAGCCAUCCAAUAUUGGAAAAACUCCUGCCCACUCUCAAAUACAGCUUUCAUGACAACUCGGAGAAAGUCCGCGUAGCUUUCCUGGACAUGCUCAUCAAGGUCAAGGCAGUGCGUGCUGCCAAGUUCUGGGACGUGUGCAACAUGGACCACCUGCUGGCCCGUCUGGCCAUCGACUCCCACUCGGUUUCUAAACGCAUUGUGGAUCUGCUCUUCAAGUCCUUCUUCCCCGUCAACGAGUCGGACACGGAGUGGUGCUGUCGCUGCAUCACCCUCAUCCAGAUGAACCCCAUGGCUGCCAGGAAGUUCUACCAGCACGCCCACAAACACACAGCCCCCACUAACAUAAUAAAGCUGAUGUUGGCCAUUCGCCGUGUUUUGAACAGCUGUGUCCAGACCGAAUGCGACCUGUCCGAGAUUAAUGACAGCAACAAGGAGAACAGCGCACAGGCUGAACCUCUGCUGGGGAAAGACAAGGCCGUCGUGUCCAGUCUGCUGGAGAUCGUUGUCAUCCUGUGGAAAAGUGUUGAGAAGGCCCUGAGGCAAAAUGAAGAGGCCCAGAAGUACACUUUUGCCAAGUUUGGAAACGUCAUGUCCAAGUAUUUCCAGGCCUUUGAGGAUGAGCGAUGUACCGUUGCUCUCAUACAACUGGCCUCGUUUAUGCCUCCUGCUGCAGUUCCAACAUUCAGCUGCGGCGUCCUGUCCAGACUGAGGAGGAUGGACUCAGGAGCAGCGCCAGCACAGUACGGCCAGCUGUUAGACUGCCUGUGCAGCUGGGGCCAGGCUGCUGACAUCCUGGAACUCGUCACUGACUGGCUCACCGAGGCUCUGCCUAAGCAAGGGGACAACCCCAAACGAAAGGUGCGUAUCCAGGAGACGGUGGAGGCCAAACCAGACCUGGCUCUGGCUUACCUGGAGUACCUGUUCAGCCACACUUCAUCACGGGAGAAAGUCCUGGCUCUCGGUCAGAGACCUCUGAAGCAGCUCCACACAGUUCUAGGAAACUGGACGUCGGUGCUGUACACUCACCUCAGCUCCACCACAGAAGAUCCUAAAAGUCCCAGUGUGGAGACCACGAUGAAAGUCUUCAGGCACCACGGCCGCCUCGGUGCGCAUCUGCAACAUAGUUCCUCAGAGGGUCGAGACUACCUGCUGUCUCUGGAGCAUGUGGCAGCGUGGGUAGCUGAGAGGGUAUUGCCCUUCCUGAAACGUACCAGCGAUGAUGAGGAGGAGGAGGAGGAGGCGGCAUUGGAGAAGUCACAGCCACUGGCUGCACAGAUAACUGAGAGUUUCCUGACAGUGUGCCGAGACGUUUUACUUGUGGGUUUGGGCGACGAGACGUUCAAGGGUCAAAUCCUGCACUUGUGCUCGCUCACCCUCCUCUCAGUGUCAGGCUACCUGUGUAUUCCUGCAGUGCUGCUGAUUUUGAAGGAGGUGGCACACAGCUAUGUGCCCGAGGACAACAACAACAAUCAGGCUCAGGAAAAUGAGGAAGAUGCAACCACUGUUGUUCUGGGUGUGGUGGCCAACAUCUUCCAGAAGAUUAUAGAGCUCUUGGCUCGCCGUCUUAGGAAGGAACCGGAGGAGGGAAAACAGCUGUGCCAGUCAGCGGUUCCCGGCCUGACAGACUUCCUCCAGGUGGCGCAGACCUGGGACAAAGCGCCUCUCUGCGGGGUCUUCUCUACUCUCUUUGCUGUCAUCGUCGUGGAGAAGAGACAUUUGCUUCAGAAGAUUACCCAUCAUGAAGAGGUGAUCACCCCAGAGACAGUGGAGGACAUGCCUCCUCUGUCCAGCAUCCUGCUGUCUGUCAUCCUCAAAUUACCCUCUCUUACCAGGGCCUUUUUGACAGAAGUCAGCUCGUCUGUGGACUCUGAGGCCAUCAGCAGUCUGAACGAACUGGCUGCCGUCCUGCACAUCUUGGCGGUCGUCAGACACACGGGGCAGUCUAAAGCAGGUCUGAAGAGCGCUGCCACAUCUGUCCAGCUGCUGCUUCACAAACAUGCAGUCACAUCUGUAGACGCCGGAGACAUCCAGAGGGUUAUUUAUGAAUCUUCUGUGAAGACCUUGAAUGAAAUUCUGGAUUUAUGAGUUAUUUGACACGUAAUAUCUGCUUCACAUUUAUAUUCUGUGAAGCUAAGGAGAGCCGUAUAAUAUCUGCCUCGCUGUUAGCAUUUCAGACUUUCAGUUUCUGGCAGACUAAAAAUGACACAAUUAAAUAUUUCAACUUCACCGACCAGGCUUUUUUAAAAAAUAUGGUUUGGAUUGAAAUCUAAAGCCGAGGACAAGUGCCUGUCUGUUACCAUGUUUCUCCAGAUUGGCUCUCUAUUUAUUUCUUGAUGGCACACAUUGCUCACAUGUUGUCUCUCAGGCUUUGUGCAUUGAUAAUGCUGAGAAGUAUUGAUGGAGUACUCCACACUGCAGACAUACGGUUGCUUAGAUUGAGUGGUAUUUGUCUUUAGAGCUUUCUCUCCGCAGCUCUGCGCUCCACUUUUUUAAUAUGAAAUGCAUAUAUUUUUUCAUGUUUCACUAUCUGUGUUUAUGUAUCUGUUGCUCUGUCAGCUGUUGUGUACUUCUAAUAAGAAUAAAACAAACUGUAUCAAUCAA